GAGUGUUGAUGCCUUUACUUCAACACAGGGAGUCUAUGUAGGGAGCACGGAUACAUUUGGUAUACAGCUCACGCGCUCUCGCAUCCAUCCGGUUGGCCGCUGCACGCACAUGAGCCAAGAAGACUGAUGGAGUAACAGCGGAGCAUCUUCAUUCACACCAGCUGGUUUUCUUCAUGAACACCUCCAUUCUGGAUAUUGGACUUCCGGAAGUUGGUUUGGAUGUGGCUAUGGGUUUUUGUUAUGGUAGCGCGCGAGCCGUGUGACAGGCCGUUAGAGAUGUAGGGUCCAGCGGGGACUGAAAUACGCGUUAGCUCGAGCCGGCCUCAAAACCCAAACAUGUCUAUCCGGAUGCCUUUACCCACUGUAAACGAGCGAGAGACUGAAAAUCACACAUCCCUGGAUGGCUUUUCUACCAAAUUGGCGAGCCGCCAGAACCUGCCUCGCUGCAGGAACUCACUGAGCUCCAGUGUGGACGAGCAUCCGCAUAUCGGCAACUACCGCCUACACAAGACCAUCGGCAAGGGGAACUUCGCCAAGGUCAAACUGGCACGGCAUGUGCUCACUGGACGAGAGGUGGCUGUCAAAAUAAUAGACAAAACCCAGCUGAACCCCACUAGUCUACAAAAGCUCUUUAGAGAAGUCCGAAUAAUGAAGAUCUUGAAUCAUCCAAAUAUAGUAAAGUUAUUUGAAGUAAUUGAGACUGAGAAGACACUUUAUUUAAUAAUGGAAUAUGCCAGUGGAGGUGAGGUGUUUGAUUAUUUGGUGGCUCAUGGCAGGAUGAAAGAGAAGGAAGCCAGGGCAAAGUUUCGUCAGAUCGUAUCUGCAGUGCAGUACUGCCAUCAAAAGAGAAUAGUCCAUAGAGAUCUUAAGGCUGAAAACUUAUUGCUGGACGCCGACAUGAAUAUCAAGAUUGCCGACUUCGGCUUCAGCAACGAGUUCAUGGUGGGAAACAAGUUAGACACGUUCUGCGGCAGUCCUCCGUACGCUGCCCCUGAACUCUUCCAGGGCAAAAAAUAUGACGGCCCUGAAGUUGACGUCUGGAGUCUUGGCGUGAUCCUGUACACACUCGUCAGCGGAUCGUUACCUUUCGAUGGCCAAAACCUUAAGGAGCUGAGAGAGAGAGUAUUGAGAGGAAAGUACCGUAUCCCUUUCUACAUGUCCACAGACUGUGAGAACUUGCUUAAAAGGCUAUUAGUGUUGAACCCCAUCAAGCGGGGCAGUUUAGAGCAAAUCAUGAAGGAUAAAUGGAUGAAUGUGGGCCAUGACGAGGAGGAGCUGCAGCCUUAUAAUGAACCAGAGUAUGAUUUCAGUGACAGUAAAAGGAUCGAGCUGAUGGUGACUAUGGGAUUCCCAAAGGAUGAAAUCACAGAGGCUCUCAAGGGAAAGAAAUACGAUGAAGUCAUGGCUACUUAUCUCUUACUGGGAAGAAAACCUCCAGAGAUUGAAGGCAUUGAGUCUGCGUCCAUCAGCAAUCUGAGUCCCAGGCCCCGCCCUACCAGUGACAUCAAUACCAGCACAAGCCAAUCCCCUUCACACUCCAAGGUCCAGCGCAGUGUAUCGGCCAAUCAGAAGCAGCCGCGGCGAUUUAGCGAUCACGUGGGUCCCUCAGUCCCGCCUGUAGUGUCGUACACUAAGCGCAGCUGUCUAGAGAGCGAACAGAAGGAGGAGUGUGAGAACUCGCGCAAGCUGCUGAGCUCCAACUCAAAGGGAGAUGUACCAGCAUCUCCUCUGGCCGCCUUGGAGAGGAAAAAAUCUGUUACUUCAUCUGGAACUAAUGGAGGCAUGGCACGCAGAAAUACAUACGUGUGUGAGCGCUCAGCUGACCGGUCGUCUGCCAUACCCAAUGGCAAGGACAGCAGUUUAACAGAGGUUUCGGGCAGCACUAUGUCAGCCUCCGGUGCCACUUCAGCUCUGAUGUCUACAAGACAGAGAUACUUGAAAUCUGUGUCUUCCACAGGCGCAUCCUCCAAAACCACCCUGCCACCUAUAGAAGACAACAGCGAAUACAAGGGAAGUCCAAGUGCCAGGCCUCCAUCUGCCUCACCCUCCGAUCACAGCAUCAGCACUCCAGAGCGCACUCAUUUCCCCAGAGGGACAUCCAGCAGGAGCACCUUCCAUGGAGCGCAGCUACACGAGCGCCGCAGUGCCACCUACAAUGGCCCGCCUGCCUCGCCCACCCUCUGCCAUGACACAGGCGCCCUAGCACCAGCACGCCGGGGCACAUCCACCGGCAUAAUCAGCAAACUUACCUCCAAGUUUGCCCGCAGGGUUCCAAGUGAAGGGGAGGCAAGUGGCAAGUCAGAGUCACCAAGGAGCACUUUGGGAGAAUCGAAAGACGAGACUCGCGACUCAAAGCCACGCUCACUGCGCUUCACGUGGAGCAUGAAGACGACAUCUUCCAUGGAGCCAGGCGACAUGAUGCGUGAAAUCCGCAAAGCGCUAGACGACAAUGGCUGUGACUACGAGCAGCGCGAGCGUUUCCUGCUUUUCUGCGUGCAUGGUGAUGCUCGCCAUGACAACUUGGUUCAGUGGGAGAUGGAGGUUUGCAAGCUACCACGCCUCUCGCUCAACGGUGUGCGCUUUAAGCGCAUUUCAGGCACAUCCAUCGCCUUCAAGAACAUCGCUUGCAAAAUUGCUGAUGAGCUGAAGCUCUGACGCGCAGAAAGGACAGAAAGGAAACAAUGGGGCUCAAUGUGAGCUUGCAGCGGUAAGUUUGGUUCGCAUUUGGUUAGAGCCGAGGUGCUGCCUUAACAGAAUGUGCGGUGCUCAUCCUGUAAGUUUUGCUUUUCCAUUAACCUUCCCAUCUGAUGUAGGCCCCAAUCGGUGAUUUUAUUUUGAUGCUGAUGGAAUUAUAUGUGUGCUGGUCUGGGAAAACUUGUUGCUAUGGCUAAAUUCUGUUAGAAAUCCAAAAAAAAGAAGAAAAGUGGAUUUUUCUGCAUACAUACUAUGGCAUUACAACUUAGGAAACCAUAAAUAUAAAAUAUUUCACCAAAACAGCAUGGGAAUGUUUUUAUUUACUUUCUAAUCCUGCCUUGGCUGUCUUACUGCAAAGAUCAUGUUGGGGAAAGAGCCACGGUGGUUAAAAAAAAAAAAGUCAGUCUGCCUAAAAAUUUUUACAACCUUGCUAGUUAAGUAUGAUUUCCUCACAUAGUGAUUGAGCUUUGAUCGAGUUGUUGGCGAGCUUUGCGCUGUAGAAAACUGGACAUAAGCCUAAUCAAUUCAGUUUGUAGUUCUUAUGCAGGCUGUCAGAAUGUCUGUGACGCUUCUGCACUACAAAAUCUUUAAACCACUAUUGGGGUUAGGGCUGCAACUAACGAUUAUUUUGAUAACCGAUUAAUCUGUUGAUUAUUUCUUCGAUUAAUCGAUUGGUUGGAUUAAAUGGCCAGUUUUUAUUUUCUGUAUUUUUUCGAAAAAACAUGUUAUUUCACAUUCUGCCCGAUGUUGUCCUUUAAACAUUGUGCAAAUUGAAGGCUAUGAAAAAAGUAUUAAGUGUGUCUAUGGGAGUUAUGCUACACACUGUGCAAAGGAUUUUUAAAAAUAUUCAUAUUAUAUUUUAAAAGCAAAAAAACUGAUUGUCUGCAAGCUUUAAAGCAGAAGCUAACUCAUAAUAUUAAAAUUUGCUGAAAAAGAAAGAAAAACAAAAACACAAACUAAGUGUUAACUUGUAAGAGUAAUUGUAACUGGUAAGACGUUGAUGUUCUGCAGUAACACACACAUUCACUCAUCUGAACACAGUAACAUGUUUCUUUAUUCUGUAAAUGUACGAUACUUCUUAGAUUUAUAUACUAUUACAUGUUCUAACCCCAUUAGAGUUGUGCUUUCAUAAAAACAAUUACUUUUGUUCCUAAAUAUAGAGAAAUAUAGCAUCAACAACAUAUUUGAUCAAAAUGAAUAUUUUAGUCAGAUUUAUUGCGGUUCUUUCCUAUCACACGCUGUUUGAUUGAAGUGCAUGCGUGGACUCGCGCUCAUUCAGUGAAGUUUAACGGAGACUCACUCGUGGUCAGGAUGAGUCUUUAUGUAAAAUGGAAAUACUGGCGUGAAUUUCUAACAUUUACAGAUAAGGAUAUAAAUGUAAAAAUAUCAUUCUGCUCUGAAGAAAACACGUCUAGAACACAUUAAACAGCACACACAUCUGUUGCAGCAUCUGACACGACAAGCCACGUUAAUACACUUACGAGUUUGUUUGAAGCACUUAAUAUAAAACAUUCUCCUGUUUUGGAUGACCUGGAUCGUGCACUUUCCCCCAGCAGCUCGCUCUGUGACCUCCGCUGUUUCUCAGAUGUGUUUUAUUCAUAGAAAUGCGUUUUUCACCGUUGUGAAGUGACGUCACUGACAGGGGUUAUCCACAGUGAUGUCACAGACCCGACUAAUCCGUAAUGAAAUUACAUGCCGAUUAUUUUAGUUAUCGAUUUUUUCGAUUAGUUGUUGCAGCCCUAAUUGGGGUAACACCAGUUUACAAUGCUCUAGCGUGUGGUUGUGAUAAACGCAAAAGAGAAGCAUAUUUCAUUUCAGAAAACCAAUUUGAGAACUAUAUAUUUUGUAGAAAAUGUCAAAAUUUCACCAUGUGAAGGGUUUUCCCAGGCCGCCACACAUAUACAGUGCCUUGCAGAAGUAUUCACCCCCCUCCCCCCAAAAAAAAUCUCUUCCACAUUUUCACAUCUCUUCAACAACCUUAUAUUGAAAUAAACUUUCAGUAACUGGAAUUUCUUUAACCAAAUUAUUAAACCAAAAAACACAUUAGUUGGUUGCAUAAGUAUUCACCCAAAUGGGUAGAACCAGAGCUGAAAGUCUUCUGGGAUACGUCUUUAUCAGCCCUGUGUAUUUGGAUCGAGAUUUUUUUGCCCAUUUUUCAAGCUCCAUCCAAUUGAAUGAAAUUCUUGAUCAGAUUGAGGCCUGGAUUUUGGCUAGGCUAUUCUAACACAUUCAGGUCAUUAGUGUUGAACCACUCCAGUGUAUCAUUGGCAGUAUGCCUUGAGUUGUCCUGUUGGAAGGUGAACCUCUGCCCCAGUCCCAAGUCUCUUGCAGACUGGAACAGUUUUUUCUUCUAGCAUUGCCUAUUUAGCAUCAUCAGUCUUGCCCUCAACCCUGACCAGUUUCCCUGUCCCCGCUGAUGAAAAGCAUCCCCACAAUAUGAGUUGGGUAACGCUUUGUGCCUAGGCCAAAAAGUCCACUUUAGGUCUCAUCAGACCAGAGAACCUUUUUCCACACGCUUGUGGAGCCUCAAAAAUGCCUUUUGGGAAACCUGUGGCUUUUUAUUCUCUUCUCAACACUUUUCCCCAUUGUGGAGCCCCCGGACUAUGAUUGUCCUGUGAAGAGAAUUACUUAUGCAAUCACAGCUUUUAUAUUUUUAUUUGGAAAUAAUUUAGCAAACUAUGUGCAUUUUUUGGAAAAGAUCAAAUGGGUGCUCAUAUCUGCAAGGCACUGUAUAGUGUGAUCGUUGCACAGAAUGUACACCAAACCCCUGAAUACUAUUGACCGAGUGUAACAGUGUAACGUUAAGGGAGUGGGGAAUAUUACAUUACAUGUAGGAAAACAUUAUGGCCAAUAUGGUGAAGAUGAUAAACACGAAUAACUCUGAAGAUUAAAAGUUAAAAUUUGUACCCUCCUUUGUAAUAGCAUAACCAAAAAUGCCAACAUUGCUAAACAUUAAUGACAGUUAGUAUUAUGCAAGUUCUACUGUGCUACUUUGUAGCUAUUAGUUUUCAUCGUUAUUAGACACAUUUGCAUUUUCAUUGCAGCUACAUUCCCACCUUUAUCCACUUGAUACUAAGAGAAUAAUCUGCUACAUGUUCAAUAGCCAUUUUAAAUGAUUUCUGUGUUGACUGAGCUACCAAAUAACCAGUAUGGACUUUCAAACUGUACAGUUUAGUACAUAGAGAGACACGGCUAUUUAUCAAAGACUGUAUUACAUGAAUAUGCAUAUGUCAUCCUGCAGGUGUGGUAUGAAUAUUUUGAUUGCUGUACAGGAUAAUGUUUGUGAACAUUUUUAUAGUUUUAGUUGUUCCUUCAUUGUUUCUUUUUUUUUAAUUACAUUAAGAAGCCAUGGAAGAGUUUAAGGCUGAUGAUGCCACACACACAAAAAAAGAAACAAGGGGACUUCAUAACAAGGAUUUGUUGUACUAAGUAUUACAUCGAGUGGUCAAAGCCCUCUACUUGCACAACCUGUUGACACUGGAGAAAUAUUGAGAGCUGGAGAAGACAUUUGAAACACAUUGUGAUCAUACAUUUUAUUUUGCUCAUUUGUGCUAAAUAUACUUAGCCUUUCUUGUAUUUAUUCCAUUACACUAUACCUGCUAUGUGCUGCUUUGUAUUAGAGAGGCAUUUAGUGUUUGAUAAAAGAAUAAUGAGAAAGGAAUUAUAUUUGUUUUUAUUUUGUUUUAUGGCUAUACAUUGCCACAUGCAAUAUAAUACUUUAUGCUGGAUAUUCAGGUUUUGUCACAGAAGAGGGAGAGAGAUUUUAAAAAAGAAAGAAAAGAAAUGUGUGACAUUAAAUAGAAAGCAAAAAACAAAUUUAAGUCCCCAAGGGUUAAUUUGGGUGUGGGGUGUGUGUGGGGGGGGAUACUUUAUAGGGGCUAUAAAAAUGUAGUAAAUAAUGCAUCUAAUUGAUCACACAUGGAACUGUGACCAGAAGAGUUGACAAGCCGUGUAUGUGGGUACAAUAUCUGUGGCUCAUUGAGGGUUUGAAAUAGUCAGAAACACACAGAAAAGGUCUCUGUGCCCUUGCAGCAAAGCACAGUUUGUGCUUUGCUAAAAAUCUGAAGUGUUAAAAAAUACAUUCUGGCAUUUGUGUGUGCAUGGCUCUUGUUUAGGACCAUCUGAUUCCAUUUCACUAGUGCACAAUAUUAAACUUACUUGAAUUAAACACAA